UGGAAGCUAAGGGGGGGUAGCUAGGGGGGCGGGGGCCAAAGGGAUCCAGGAGCUAGGGGAGGCAGGGCCAGCCCUCAGACUGAUGAACAGAUAGACUGGUGGAUAGAACAGCUGCAGCCUUAGGUCCCCCCAUCCCCGUAUACUCCCUGAUGGGUGGGGGAGCCGUACCCUUCUCCCUAGGGGAUGCUGUGGGUUCCUGGGCGCCGGGUACCCGGGCCGCCAGCUGAGCCCCCGUGCCCGUCCAGUGCUCCCCAGGGGUCUAGAUUCCUUCGGCCAGGGAGAGGGGGAGCAGCCCGAAAACAGCCGGGGGCCAGGGCAGGGAGGGGGCUCGAGGCCCCGACCCGAGGGUAUGGAGCGACUGGGAGAGAAAGCCAGCCGCCUGCUGGAAAAGCUGAAGCUCUCCGACUCCGGCAGCGCCAAAUUUGGCCGCAGAAAGGGGGAAUCGAGCCGGUCUGGGUCUGAUGUGACCCCUGCUCCUGGAAAGGGGAGAUUGAACGGGUCCGGGGGCCCCAGGAAGCCUGGGACCCGGGGAACUCUUGGAGAAUCUGAGGAUGAACCACUGGAAGCAGCCCGCGAGCAGGGCCCCCUGGAGGCUGAGCGAAUCCGACGCUACUCUUUUGAGGCGCCGCGCUACGAAGUUACUUUCCCCGGCGGGGCGCCCCAGCCCCGGGCCUUGCCUCUACCCCAAUCGCUGCUCCCCGAUUUGCGUCUGGAGACUUUGGCCCCCGCCUUAAGCCCCCGUUCUAGCUUCGCCAGCAGCUCCGCAAGCGAUGCCAGCAAGCCGUCUAGCCCUCGGGGCAGUCUGCUCUUGGACGGGGCGGGGAGCUGCGGAGCUGGUGGCAGCCGGCCCUGCAGCAACAGAACCAGUGGCAUCAGCAUGGGCUACGACCAACGCCACGGUAGCCCCCUACCCACUGGGCCAUGCCCCUUUGGCCCUCCAUUCUCUGGGGCUCCUACAGGCUUUCCUCCGGGAGGUGUCCCCUCCGCCUACCCCGACCUCCAUGCUGCCCUAGACCGUCUUUGCUCCCACCGGCCCACGGGUUUCGGCUUUCAAGAGAGCCGUCACUCGUACCCACCGGCCUUGGGCAGUCCCGGAGCCCUGGCCGGGGCUGGGAUGGGAGCGACUGGGCCCUUAGAGAGGAGAGGGGCGCAGCCUGGACGACAUUCUGUGACCGGCUACGGGGACUGCGCGGCAGGCGUCCGCUACCCAGAGGAGCUGGCAGCAUUGCUGCGGCUAGCUGUGGGAACCGGAGGGCGGGAACCAGGCGCCCACGGGGAACCCCCCGGUACAGAAUCCUCCGGGACUGAAGAACAGCCUGGCCCCUUCCCACUAGAGGCAGGCCGGGGUCGGGCCCGGGAACUUGAGUCUAAGGAGGACUACUUCGGCACAUGUAUAAAGUGUAACAAGGGCAUCUAUGGGCAAAGCAAUGCCUGCCAGGCCCUGGACAGUCUGUACCACACCCAGUGCUUUGUCUGCUGCUCUUGUGGGAGGACACUUCGAUGCAAAGCCUUCUACAGUGUCAAUGGUUCUGUCUACUGUGAGGAGGAUUACUUGUUUUCAGGGUUCCAGGAAGCAGCAGAAAAAUGUUGUGUCUGUGGUCACUUGAUCUUGGAGAAGAUCCUGCAGGCAAUGGGGAAGUCUUAUCACCCGGGGUGCUUCCGCUGCAUUGUCUGCAACAAGUGUUUGGAUGGCGUACCUUUCACUGUGGACUUUUCCAACCAGGUAUACUGUGUCACCGACUACCACAAAAAUUAUGCCCCAAAAUGUGCUGCUUGUGGCCAGCCCAUUCUCCCAUCAGAGGGCUGUGAGGAGAUUGUGAGGGUGAUAUCCAUGGAUCGAGAUUACCAUUUUGAGUGCUAUCACUGUGAGGAUUGUCGAAUGCAGCUGAGUGAUGAGGAGGGCUGCUGCUGCUUCCCCCUGGAUGGACAUCUGCUCUGCCAUUCCUGCCACAUGCAGAGGAUCAGCGCUCACCAGGGCACUGCCAACUAUGUCUGAGCUGCCACCUCCAUCAGUUCCUUCUGGAUCCCAAACUCCAGCCGUCAAAUCCCUCCUAGACAGUGAGCAGUGGAGAGCCCAUUGGGGUGGAGGUGAGGGGUACAGGAAAGAAGGCAGGGCAGGUGGGUAUACUGCAGGGCAGAUAGAGGAUAAGCUGGAGAUCAAAAGACCCAAAGAGGAUGAUAUCCUAUUUGGGAUGGAGAAGGAUCUUUCCCAGUA